AGUACAUUUAUAAGGAAGUGAAGGAAGAAACGGACAAUAUAAUAAUAAUAAUAAUAAUAUAUGCCAUUUAGCAGACGCUUUUAUCCAAAGCGACUUACAGUCAUGAUAUAUCGGAAGAAGAAAAAUGUUUCUAAGCUGAGUGAGCUGUGACUUACAUCUAAAACAAGUCUCUCUGGGGAGAGAAAGGAGGGGACUUCUGCCUCUAAAAUGAGUCUCUCUGGGGAGAGAGAGGAGGGGACCAUUGCCUCUAAAAUGAGUCUCUCUGGGGAGACAGAGGAGGGGACCACUGCCUCAAAAAUGAGUCUCUCUGGGGAGAGAGAGGAGGGGACUACUGCCUCUAAAAUACGUCUCUCUGGGGAGACAGAGGAGGGGACCACUGCCUCUAAAAUGAGUCUCUCUGGGGAGAGAGACGGGGAAACCACUGCCUCUAAAAUGACUCAAGACACCAGUUCAAAGAGUGUCCAGAAGCCCAGAGCAGAGUCACCUACAACCAGCCUGCUAUCAAUGAAGAGUGAUCAGCCAACUGCUUUCAGCCAGGAACCAUUACCAGAUGACAAUAAUGAAGUGGAGAGUUUGGACAGUGAGGAUGCAUUAAAGAUCACACACAACCUUCUGGACAGAAGAAGUCAAACUCUGCUGACAGUCCAACAAGACUUUAAGGCAAAACUGAAACAAAAUUAUCAACACAUAUCUGAAGGAAUUGGACACCAUGGAAAUCAAAGUCUGUUCAAGGACAUCUACACAGAGCUCUACAUCACAGAGGGUGGAAGUGGAGGGCUCAAUAAUGAACAUGAGGUUAGACAGAUCGAGAUGGCAUCCAAGAAACAAACCACACAAGAGACACCAAUCAAAUGCAACGACAUCUUCAAGCCUUUACCUGGACAAGACAAACCAAUCAGAACUGUGCUGACAAAAGGAAUCGCUGGCAUUGGAAAAACAGUCUCUGUGCAGAAGGUCAUCCUUGACUGGGCAGAGGGAAAAGCAAAUCAGGACGUUCAUUUCAUGUUUCCUCUUCCUUUCCGUGAUCUAAACCUGAAAAAGGACCAAUACAGUCUGAUGCAACUUCUUUCCCACUACUUCCCAGAGCUGAAAGAAAUUGACAGCAUUGAAGAUGCUGAAACCAACACAGUUUUCAUUUUUGAUGGUCUGGAUGAGUGUCGACUUCCUCUAGACUUCACAAACAAUGAGAAGUGCUGUGAUGUCACGAAGCCAACCUCAGUGGACGUGCUGCUGAUAAACCUCAUCAAGGGGAAUCUGCUUCCCUCUGCUCUCCUCUGGAUAACCUCACGGCCUGCAGCAGCCAAUCAGAUCCCUCCUGAGUGUGUUGACCAGGUGACAGAGGUACGAGGGUUCAAUGAUCCACAGAAGGAGGAGUAUUUCAGGAAGAAAAUCACAGAUCAGAACCUGGCCAGUGAAAUCAUCAAACACAUGAAGACAUCAAGGAGCCUCCACAUCAUGUGCCACAUGCCAGUCUUCUGUUGGAUAUCAGCCACUGUCCUUGAGAUGAUGCUGAAAGAGGCAGAGAAGGAUGAAGUCCCCAAAACUCUGACCCAGAUGUACUCACACUUCAUUCUCAUCCAAAUCAUUGUGAAGAACAAGAAGUACAACAAAGCCACAGAGACGAACCCAAAGGAACUGUCUCAGUCAGACAAAGAGAUGAUCCUGAAACUGGCUAAACUUGCUUUCCAACAGCUGCAGAAGGGCAACCUGAUCUUCUAUGAGGAGGACCUGAGAGAGUGUGGCCUUGAUGUCACAGAGGCAUCAGAGUACUCAGCAUUGUGUACAGAGAUCUUUAAAGAAGAAUCUGGGCUGUACCAAGACAAGGUCUACAGCUUUGUGCAUCUGAGCAUUCAGGAAUUUCUAGCAGCAGUGCAUGCUUUAGAAUCAUGUCUGGGCAAGAAGGAAAAUGUUUUCUCCCCCAUGAGUGAUGAUGAAGAGAAGGAGUCAAUCCAGUUGUCUGACUUACACAGGAGAGCAGUGGACCAGGCCUUGAAGAGUAAGAAUGGACACCUGGACCUGUUCCUUCGCUUCCUUCUGGGUCUCUCACUGGAGGCCAAUCAGAAUCUGUUACGAGGCCUUCUGACACAGACAGGAAGAACAACAGAGACCAAUGAAGAAACAGUUGAGAGAACAAUCAGGUACCUUUCAUACAAGAUCGACCAGGAAUCCUCACCAGAAAGGAUCAUCAACUUGUUCCACUGUCUGAAUGAACUUGGUGCCAACUCUCUAGUUGAAGACAUGCAGACCUCCCUGCGUUCAGGAACUCUUUCAGAAACAGAGCUAGAACCUGACCAAUGUUCAGCCCUGGCCUACCUGUUACUGAUGUCAGAGGAGGUGCUGGAGGAGUUUGACCUGAAGACAUACAACACGUCAAAGGAAGGUUAUCAGAGGUUGCUGCCGGUAGUGAGAACCUGCAAGAGAGCACUACUGCAUGGCUGUAAACUCACAUAUAAAUCCUGUGAGACUCUGACCUCAGCUCUGCAGACACCAACCUCCCCCCUGAGAGAACUGGACCUAAGCUACAAUGACCUGGGAGACAGAGGAGUGGAGCUGCUCUGUGUUGGACUAACCAGUCCACUCUGCAACAUACAGACACUAGUUCUCGGUCAGUGUGGUCUGACAGAGGGUUGCUGUUCAGAUCUGGCCUCAGUCCUGAGUUCACCCAACUCACAACUGAACCAACUGGAGCUGAGAGACAAUGACCUGCAGGACUCAGGAGUUACACUGCUGUCUGCUGGACUGGAGGAUCCAGACUGUAAACUACACACACUGGGGAUGUCUGGCUGUCUGGUCACAGAGGAGGGCUGUGCUGCUCUGUCUUCAGCUCUGAGGUCAAACCCCUCCCACCUGAAAGAGCUGGACCUGAGCUACAAUCACCCAGGAGACUCUGCAGGGGGACUGCUUUCAGCUGCUCUGGUAGAUCCCACAUAUAAACUGAAUGUGGAUAAUGGUGGAGAGUGCAGGCUGAAAUCAGGGCUGAGGAAAUAUGCCUGUCAUCUCACCCUGGACCCAAAUACAGCAAACCCAAACCUGAUACUGUCUGAGGGGAACAGGAAGGUGACACGGGUGGUGGAGAAGCAGCAUUAUAAAGACCAUCCAGACAGAUUUGACUUUCUUUACCAAGUUCUCUGCAGAGAAGGCUUAUCUGAAGGUCGUUAUUACUGGGAGGUGGAGAGGGAUGGUGGGGCUGACAUUGGUGUGGUGUACAAAGGAAUGAAGAGGAAGGGAAGGGAGGAUGACAGUUGGAUUGGAUCCAAUAGGGAAUCCUGGUGUUUAUACUGCUCUCAUAGUGGUUAUGAAUUUAACCAUACUAAAGUCUGCAGAUCCAUCUCUGGUCCUGAUUCUGACAGAGUUGGAGUGUAUCUGGACUGGUCAGCUGGUACUUUGUCCUUCUAUAGUGUGUCCUCCUCUGGUACACUGACACACCUUCACACAGAACACACCACAUUCACUGAACCCCUCUAUCCUGGGUUUGGGGUUUACUCCUCCUCCUCAGUGACCCUGUGUCAGAUAGAUGACCAACACAUUCAGAGAGACCAUGGUGGAGAGAUUUGUAUCAAGCCUGGACCUGAGAAAACCAGAGACCAUGGUGGAGAGAGUUGGAUCAAGCCUGGACCUGAGGACACCAGAGCCCAUGGUGGAGAGAGUUGUAUCAAGCCUGGCCCUGAGGACACCAGAGACCAUGGUGGAGAGAUUUGUAGCAAACCUGGACCUGAGGACACCAGAGACCAUGGUGGAGAGAGUUGUAGCAAACCUGGACCUGAGAACACCAGAGACCAUGGUGGAGAGAGUUGGAUCAAGCCUGGACCUGAGGACACCAGAGACCAUGGUGGAGAGAGUUGGAUCAAGCCUGGACCUGAGGACACCAGAGACCAUGGUGGAGAGUGUUGGAUCAAGUCUGGACCUGAGAACACCAGAGACCAUGGUGGAGAGUGUUGGAUCAAGCCUGGACCUGAGACAUGGAUUCCUCAGAGCUGUAAGACUUGUGACCAUGUUGAGGACUCCACACACUGGCUUCAGAUUGAACCCUUGACUUCCACUGUCCAGGGAGUGACAAUGUUCAGACACAGGACACCCAAAGGGAGUUAUGAGUGCACAGUGUCUGGGCUCCGCUGGCUGUGUGAGAGAGAUGUCAUUCUGAAGUAUCACUUCAGGAACUGGGAACCCUACAGUCAACUUCUUAAAGACAUGCAGUACACACAAGGUGGUCCAUUGCUGGACAUCACUAUGGAGUUAGGUGAACUGGAGGAAGUUCAUCUGCCACACUUUGUCUGUUUAGGGCCAACCCUUCCCUGAGGAAUGAGAUGAAGAUUCUUCAUGCAGAGGAACAUGGAGUGUCUUUAGAGGAAGUGCAUGAGGUCACCAGAUUCCAUGCUAAGAUUCUUCAUCCCAAGUUCUCACCUAUCUCUGUUAUAUGGAAAUCACUGUCUCGUAAGAAAGAUGUCCACUGUGAUGUGGUCCUCUACAUGGCAGUAAAAAGGUCAACAGUCAUUUCAAGGCUGUACCUGCUCCUCAGAAACUCCAGUCAGAAAGAGGCUGUUCAGGAACGGGAGAAAAACCAGGUGUCCAAAGGAUUUUCAGAAUUCGUCCUGUCAAGUCCAAACGGGUCCUUAAAGCUGAACAGUUGGUUUGCGUUCAAGAAUCCUCGCUCCACUUCCAUCAAUCCAGAGAAGAUUCAGCUGUUACCUGCAGACACCACACCAAGCUGUUGCCAGAUGAUAAUGGGAAACACAGGGGUUGACAUUGAGAUGGAGUUAAUCGGGGAGGAUGAGAGGACAGUAUGGAAAUCAGUUUUAUCAAAAGAUGUGUACAGCAACGACUCUCAUCCAACAUCAUUAAUACUCCUUGGGAUUCCUGCUGAGGAGUUUCUGAAGAAACACAGGGCUGUACUCAUUCAGGGAGUCAAAAACCCAAUGCCAAUAGCAGAUAAUCUGUUGUCAAAGAGCAUGAUUGGUGAUGAAGAGUACUCCAGAAUAAAAGCUGAAACAACUGAACAGGAGCGAAUGAGAGAACUACUGAACGCAGUCCUCCCUAAAGGACCAGAAGUGAUGGGAGCUUGUCUAAAAGCUCUCAUUGAACAUGAACACCAUCUUGUUAAGUACUUGAGUGAAUCUAGCACCUAAUCUGAAGAUGCUGAGGCCUGUCUCCCGCCCCCCCUGAAAAGGACAAAAAUGAAUGGAAACAUAUUGGCACUGUACGAAACAUAUGGACGGUGUCCAAUACCACUCAAAUAUCGGCCAUUUCAUUCAAAGCUUAUGGCAAAUGUCAUAGGUCAAAUGUCAAGUGUCAUAACAGCAAAAUCCAAAAGAUGGCGAGCGCGCUCCACCGUAGAUUUUCAUAUGGCAAAUGCACAUCAAGUCAAGACCCAAGAGUCAAAUGUUGAUGUACCACCCCCCUAAAAAAGAGCUUUAUGGACCGUUUUGUCAAUUAUACAUGUAUAAGAACUGUAUGAACAUACUUUUGUCAUAUUUUAUUGUCAUAAAAAAAUGUUUUACUUGUCCAUAAGGCAUAUGUUUUGUCCAUUUGCAAUAUGAUUUCAUAGGAAGUCAAAAGUCGAAGUCAAAAGUCAGUGAACCAUUGCCAAAUGUCAUAAGAAAUGUCCAAAUGCAAUAUGAAAUCAUUGAAACUGCCAAAUCAGGAUGUUAUGUCCAUUUGCCAUGUACGAUCAUAAGAAGUCUGUUUCCAAAUGCAAAAGUCAGUGAAUCAUGUCCAAAUGGCAUUUAUACUGCCCAAACGAUAUAUAGCACUAUGUUAAGCCAUGAAUCAACCUAGAUGGUCUAUUUGUCAUGUAUGAUGAGGGAGAAGUGGGACUCGGUUGUUUUUUAACAAUAAAAAAAAAACGUCCAACAUGACCAGGGGCACCCCCUAUUGGAUGGUCACGGGUGGGGGGUGCUCCCUACCCUACUAUAGACUCCUUACUCCCCCCCUAAAGGGUUCCAUACACCAGGUGCAUGCCUGUCCAUAUGCAAUAUGUUUCAAUGGGCGUAUACCAUCACGAAUUUGACAUGCUUAAAACUCCUGCAGAAAUGCAAAAUUGACUGGCCAGAUGAACUCUGGAUGGCCGGGUGAUAGAGGAAAUUAUG